GGUACAUGAUCCGCUUUGAUGAUUGUUCCGAUCCCAACAGCACACGGAUAUUGUUUCUCACAGAUGGUAUGCUGAUAAGAGAAAUAAUGAAAGAUCCUUUACUGAGAAAAUACAGCAUCGUGAUGGUGGAUGAAGCACACGAGAGAAGCAUUAACACUGACAUUCUCCUGGGGCUGCUACGUAAGAUUCAAAGGAAGCGGAAUGACCUUAAAGUGAUUGUUGCAUCAGCCACGCUGAAUGCAGAGGAAAUGAGAGAUUUCUUCAACAGCAAUGAGACAGAAGAGCCACUAAAUGACACAGCUACCAUACUGACUGUGGAAGGUCGAGAGUUCCCCUGUAGAUGUCCACUACCCAAGCUUGAUCCCCACCCUGACUAUCUGAAGGCCACUGUGGAGACUGUGAUGAAGAUUCACUUCAAUCAACCUGCAGGAGAUGUCUUAGCUUUCCUCACAGGCCAGCGAUGCGAAGCAAAGAAGUUGAAGAAAGAUGACCUGAAGAUGAAAGUACUGCCCAUGCAUGGAAGUCUGCCAGCAUCAGAACAGAUGCGACACGGCAUCAGCGUAAACCAUGACACUCAUGGCACCAUCUCGGAGUUCUUGCUUCAGAGUCUCUAG